AUGCCCUGUGCAGGAAAUAUAACCACACAAUAAUUAAGAUCAACAGAAUAACGUGUUAUGUCUGAGGGUUAGACAUAGGAAACGUCUUCUGUCUGUCCAUGCAAGGGCAUAUUUUGCAUUUUUCAUCACAGCUGUUGACCAAAGAGUAUAUGCGAAAUAGUCAUCAGCAUUGUCAGUGUUUGUAGCAAUAUUUGUCAAUUAGCUGACAGACAUGGCUUCGAUGGGACUGAGAGCUUCGUAUCACAGGAUACUGGAUAAAAUCGAACGUAUGCUGCCGGCUAAAAUGAGACCUUUUUACAACCACCCAGCAGGUCCAAAGACGGUUUUCUUCUGGGCACCGAUAUUUAAGUGGGGCCUCGUAAUGGCAGGUCUGGCAGACAUGACCCGACCCGCAGAAAAGCUCAGCACUUCCCAGUCCGCAGUCCUGAUGGCCACAGGGCUGAUUUGGUCCAGGUACUCCUUGGUGAUCACCCCCAGGAACAUGAACCUCUUUGCUGUCAACUUCUUUUUGGGCACUGCAGGUGGUACCCAGCUCUUCAGAAUCUGGAGGUACAAUCAGGAGCAGAAGGAGAAGGCAGCACAGUCAUAAGCCAUGCCCUUGCCAGUCCAGUCCCAUGGGUACAGAGUGGGCCCCCACCCCCACCCCACCAGGCAUCACACCCCUACCGCCCACCCUCUUAGCGAAAUCUGGAAAAAGUACUGUGUUUUUAGAGAAUCCGCCAUUGUCAAUGGUGCAAACCCAAGGAUGGUACAGCCACAGACGCACAAAGGUGUUUAAGUGUCAUUUUACAUGACCCAUACUGUUUAUUGAUUGUACAUUUUUCAGUGGGUGAAUAAUAAUUAGUAACAUUAAUAACAAUAACAAUAACAUUUAAUACGUAAUUUAUUUAAGCUGUCCAUUGUUAUGGCUUGUUAGCAGGAAUGUUGCAAUCCCAUUUUCCGCCCUAAGAGUUCCUCAUUUAGUAUAUUUAGGAGUGAAAUGCCUGAUGCCUGCCUUUGGCUUGAUCACCCAGCACUUCUUACAGAGGUUUUGAUUAGAUUAGGUUUAGAUUGAGAUUAUGAAGGUUGUUUGUUAAUGUGUUGAUUGUUUUUUGAAUGAUGGCAGUAGAUGUAUAGAGUGCAUUCCUACACAGGAAGAUGAAGAGUUUAGCAUAAACAAUGAUCUUUCCUCAGAUUUACUUUGUUUUAUUGGCCUGUUUAUCUUAAAAGUAGUUAAGAAUAUAGUUCAAUAUUAGUUAAGAGUUUCUGUGGUUAACAGGGUGUUGGGGCUAAUGUGGUAAUGCAUUAGCGAGACAAUAAGAUGAAUUUCAAAAGUUUUAGAAUACCUAGAUGUAUCAGAAUAUUUACGGUACUUUUUAUGUCUGUUGCUUUCUUAAAUUAGUUAUGUAUUGAUUUUUACAGUG